AAACUUGAAGCAAUUUCCCAUCCACCGUAGCCUAUAUAUAUAUAAUCAAUUCUCAAUUCUACUAUGUACUACUUCAAAACCCUACAUAACACAUUAUUCCCAACAACAUACAUACACCAUGGCUAGUAUCCUUUGGCACUUUGUUUUGCCCAUUUUUCUUGCCACCCUUUUCUCUCCAUACCCUACUUAUGGUGCCAAGCAAUCCAAAAUAAUUGGCAUGAAAAUGAAUGUGAUUGACCAGUGCUGGAGACGGGAUCCCCAAUGGAGGAGCCACCGCGCGCAACUCGCAAACUGCUCCAUUGGCUAUGCUGGCAAGAUGAUGAACAACAUUGGCAGUGACCUCAUCUAUUAUGAAGUUAUAGACCCUAGUGAUGACCCCAUAAACCCUAAGCAUGGUACCUUGCGAUAUGGAGCUUCUGUGAUUCAACAAAAAGCUUGGAUCACAUUUAAAAGAGACAUGAAAAUUACAUUGGCAAAACCCCUUCUCAUUAGUAGCUUUACCGCCAUUGAUGGCCGCGGCGCCAACGUCCACAUUGCUCAUAACGCAUGCUUUAUGAUCUUUAAGGCGAUGAACGUAAUAAUCCACAACAUUCGGAUCCAUGAUUGUAAAGCACAAGCUCCGGGAUUGGUGAUGGGUCCAAAUGGGAAGGUGCUUUCAUUAGGUCAAGUUGAUGGCGAUGCCAUUAGACUAGUCACUGCUUCGAAGAUUUGGAUUGAUCAUAAUACACUUCAAGAUUGUGAAGAUGGUCUUCUUGAUGUUACACGGGGUUCCACUGAUGUCACCGUCUCCAAUAACUGGUUCCGGAACCAAGAUAAGGUUAUGCUUCUUGGGCAUGAUGAUGGAUAUAUUAGAGACCAGAAUAUGAAAGUUACUGUUGUCUACAAUCAUUUUGGACCAAAUUGUAACCAGCGUAUGCCAAGGAUCCGUCAUGGAUAUGCACAUGUAGCAAACAAUCUUUACCAGGGAUGGAUGCAAUAUGCUAUUGGUGGAAGCAUGGGACCAAGUCUCAAAAGCCAAUCUAACCUCUUCAUAGCCCCUGAAUCUGGGAACAAGGAGGUGACAUGGAGAAAAGGCAAUAGCGAAAAUGGGAACAUGUGGGAAUUCCAUUCAGUAGGGGAUGCUUUUGAAAAUGGAGCUUCUUUCACGGUAACAAAAGGAGGACGUGUGCCAAAGCCAAAUUAUAGUGAGGAACAAUAUUUUAAGGUUCUUGAUGCUAAAUCUGUCAGAUUUUUGACAAGAUCCUCUGGCGUACUAUGAUGCACAAAAAACUCUAUAUCUUGAAUGAUUAUAUCCACAAUAAUUACAAGGGAUCCAUCAAUAUAAUCUUAAAGCCAAUACUAGGUUUAUUUUCUAGGUUUGGGUUCUCAAUUUUCUUUAUAAAUCGAGAACUAAUUUACAACCAAAUAAGUACCUUAUAAUUUGAAUGUAUUCAGGAAGCAAUGUACAUCAUAGAAGAAUGCAAAAUAUGGGACUAAACAUGUCAAAAUAGUCAAAGACAAUAGUCUAAUUAUUGUACCAUUUUGCCACUAAUCUGGCUUUGUGCCUUUUCACAUAA